CCCCCUCCACUUUUUGCAGGUGAAAUUAGUUUGGGGAUGUGAAUACAAUGAGUGUAAACCAGCAUACUCACGCGGGGCCUCCUUAUGGGCAACCUCAGCCUGGAUAUCAGGGCUACCAGCAGCCUGCCUACGGAGGACAGCCAUUGCCAGGGGUUCCUCACACACAGUAUGGAGCUUAUAAUGGUCCGAUGCCAGGAUACCAACAGCCAGUCCCUCCACAAGGUUAUUUUCCUUCCUUGGGGUUCCCUUCGAAGGGCUCUCCUGUUUCUCUCAACUCUGACACUUCUCUUGCACCUAAUUUCAUAGGUUCAGUCAGAGCCCUUCCAACUUCUGGAGCUCCCCCUCCAGCCAGUGGAACAUCUCUUCCUUCUGGCCACCAGGGGUACAGUCAGUUUGGACAAGGAGACGUGCAGAAUGGGAUCCCAACCUCAACAGCACCAAUGCAGAGGCCGCCUGCUUCUCAGCCGUUCCUGCCAGGUUCAGCACCUGCACCUGUCAGCCAGCCAUCUACGUUCCAGCAAUAUGGUCCCCCUCCAUCCAGUGUACAGCAACUCAGCAAUCACAUGGCAGGGAUGACAAUUGGCAGUACUUCAAUCUCUGCUCCUCCCCCAGCUGGACUGGGAUAUGGUCCCCCAACAUCGGUUCCCCCGGUCUCAGGGAGCUUCAGUGCAACAGGAUCUGGUCUCUACGCACCGUACACUGCGAGCCAAGGACCCCCUCCUCCCAGUGUGCCUCAGGGUCUUCCUUUGGCACAGCCUCCCUUUUCUGGUCAACCAGUACCAACUCAGCGCUUACCUACUGAAGUCCCUGGUUUUGCUCCGCCUCCGUCUUCUACGGGGAUUGGACCUUCCUCUUACCCUCCUUCCACAGGUGCCCCAAGGCCGCCUCCCAUGCCCGGCCCACCGCUGUCUGGGCAGACAGUUGCUGGACCACCUAUGUCCCAGCCUAAUCAUGUAUCCUCACCACCACCCCCAUCAACUCUGUCAGGGCCUCACCCGGGGCCUCCCAUGAGUGGCCUUCAUGGACCACCUCCACCCACUCAUCCUCCUCAGCCAGGAUACCAAAUGCAGCAGAACGGUUCCUUUGGACAGGUGAGGGGCCCCCAGCCGAACUAUAGCGGAGCCUAUCCAGGCACACCAAAUUAUGGAAGUCAGCCUGGCCCACCACCAAAACGCUUGGAUCCAGAUUCAAUUCCUAGCCCUCAACUUAAUGAGCUGCCACCCCAGCAGAAACCCAGACACAGAAUAGACCCAGAUGCAAUUCCUAGUCCAAUUCAAGUGAUUGAAGAUGACAGAAGUAACCGUGGAUCAGAACCAUUUGUCACUGGAGUGAGAGGGCAGGUCCCACCUCUUGUUACUACCAAUUUUUUGGUCGAGGAUCAAGGUAACGCAAGCCCCCGCUAUAUAAGAUGCACAUCUUACAAUAUUCCCUGCACCUCAGAUAUGGCCAAACAGUCCCAGGUUCCUCUAGCUGCUGUCAUAAAGCCGCUUGCUACUCUACCCCCGGAGGAGACCCUUCCUUAUUUGGUAGACCAUGGAGAAUCUGGUCCUGUCCGAUGCAAUAGGUGCAAGGCCUACAUGUGCCCUUUUAUGCAGUUUAUUGAAGGCGGAAGGAGGUUCCAGUGCUGCUUCUGCAGCUGUGUCACUGAGGUGCCAGCUCACUACUUCCAGCAUUUGGAUCAUACUGGAAAGCGAGUAGACUUCUAUGAUCGACCUGAGUUAUCACUGGGUUCAUAUGAGUUCCUGGCAACAGUUGACUACUGCAAGAAUAACAAGUUUCCCAGUCCACCUGCUUUCAUUUUCAUGAUUGAUGUGUCUUACAAUGCUGUAAAGAGUGGCUUAGUAAGACUAAUAUGUGAAGAAUUGAAGUCAAUCCUAGAUUAUCUGCCCAGGGAAGGCAACAUGGAGGAAUCGGCCAUUCGAGUAGGCUUUGUCACUUACAACAAAGUAUUACACUUCUACAACGUGAAGAGCUCAUUGGCACAGCCACAAAUGAUGGUUGUCUCAGAUGUGGCAGACAUGUUUGUGCCACUCCUUGAUGGCUUUCUGGUGAAUGUGAAUGAGUCCAGGACAGUUAUUGCCAGCUUGCUGGACCAGAUUCCAGAAAUGUUUGCAGACACAAGAGAAACAGAAACUGUUUUUGGACCUGUGAUCCAAGCCGGGCUGGAAGCACUAAAGGCAGCUGAGUGUGCUGGCAAGCUCUUCAUUUUCCACACCUCUCUGCCCAUUGCAGAGGCCCCAGGGAAGUUAAAGAACAGAGAUGAUAAGAAACUGAUCAACACAGAUAAGGAGAAGACUUUGUUUCAACCUCAGACAAGCUUCUACAGCAAUUUGGCCAAGGACUGCGUAGCCCAGGGCUGUUGUGUGGAUUUGUUCCUGUUUCCAAACCAGUAUUUGGAUGUGGCGACAUUAGGUGUAGUAACUUAUCAGACAGGAGGCUCCAUUUAUAAGUAUGCAUAUUUCCAGCUUGAGACAGACCAAGAUAGGUUCCUGAAUGACUUAAGAAGAGAUGUCCAGAAAGAAGUGGGAUUUGAUGCUGUGAUGAGAGUACGUACAAGCACAGGCAUUCGAGCAACUGACUUUUUUGGAGCUUUUUAUAUGAGCAACACAACUGAUGUAGAGAUGGCAGGUUUGGACUGUGACAAAACAAUCACAGUUGAAUUCAAGCAUGAUGACAAACUGAGUGAAGACAGUGGUGCACUCCUCCAGUGUGCUCUGCUAUAUACAAGCUGUGCAGGACAGCGGCGACUCCGGAUUCACAACCUCUCACUGAACUGUUGUACACAGCUUGCUGACCUCUAUCGAAAUUGCGAGACAGACACACUUAUAAAUUACUUGGCUAAAUACGCAUAUCGUGGAGUUCUGAAUAGUCCAGUAAAGGCUGUACGAGAUUCACUGAUAAAUCAGUGUGCCCAGAUCUUAGCUUGCUAUCGAAAAAACUGUGCUAGUCCAUCUUCUGCUGGCCAGCUGAUUCUUCCUGAAUGCAUGAAGCUGCUUCCUGUGUACUUGAAUUGUGUGUUGAAGAGUGAUGUCCUUCAGCCUGGUCCAGAGGUCACAACAGAUGACCGUGCCUACAUUCGUCAAUUAGUCACAUCCAUGGAUGUAGCAGAAACAAAUGUCUUCUUUUAUCCCAGGCUUUUGCCUCUGACCAAAGCAGAUGUUGACAGUGACUCCUUACCGGCAGCAAUCCGAAACUCAGAGGAACGUCUCUCCAAGGGUGACAUAUACCUGCUGGAGAAUGGGCUGAACAUCUUUGUGUGGGUGGGAGUGAACGUGCAGCAAGCCCUGAUCCAGAACCUCUUUGGAGUGUCAUCCUUCAGUCAGAUUAGCAGCACCUUGAGUACCCUGCCUGUCCUGGAAAACCCCUUUUCAAAGAAAGUACGGUCUAUUAUAGACAUGCUUCACCUGCAGAGAUCCCGAUACAUGAAGUUAAUAAUUGUGAAGCAAGAAGAUAAGCUGGAAAUGCUCUUCAAACAUUUUCUGGUGGAGGAUAAGAGCCUGACUGGAGGGGCUUCAUAUGUGGACUUCCUGUGUCACAUGCACAAGGAGAUUCGGCAGCUACUGAGCUAGAGGAGGGAGUGGUGCUGGAACUCAGCAGUGACAUUUCAGUCUUCUCUAAUGAUCUGAUCGGAAGGUCCAGCGCCCUCAAAAAGGACAACAUAGAAAUCUGUACAAUUCCAUAAUUUUUAAUACACAUGACAUAAGCAGAAAUCCUUUCAACCUCUCCUGGUCCCAUAUGAGAGAUGAAUUCUUUUUCCUGGUGAGGGCUUA